AAAGCCCCUCCCACUCAGGCGCGGCCCUUUCCGCACCGCGGGGUCUCUUUUGUCUGUCAGAGGAGGGAGCGAAACCAACGUGAGGAAGAUUGGCCAUGCGGCUAGAGCGGCUCGAUCCAUAGAUCCUUCAGAGAAUAAUGAUGAUUUAAAAUGAGAAGAAGGGGGAAGAAGAUGGGCCACUGUGAGAGGCAGCUUCAGAAGAGCAACCCAAACUCUGCUGUGUUUUGUUGCUGUUCAGGAAGGAAUUUUACUACAGAAGGGUUCUGGCAUCGGUGAUGAGAAAUGGGGUAUGAUGUAGCACGUUUUCAAGGGGAUGUUGAUGAAGACCUUAUAUGCCCCAUAUGUAGCGGGGUCCUGGAGGAACCAGUGCAGGCUCCUCAUUGUGAACACGCCUUCUGCAAUGCCUGCAUUACUCAGUGGUUCUCCCAACAGCAGACGUGUCCUGUGGACCGUAGCGUUGUGACGGUGGCUCACCUUCGCCCUGUUCCUCGGAUCAUGCGUAAUAUGCUAUCUAAGCUGCAGAUUACUUGUGACAACGCUGUUUUCGGGUGCACUGCUGUUGUGCGCCUCGACAACCUGAUGUCUCACCUCAAUGACUGUGAACACAAUCCAAAGCGGCCUGUAACUUGUGAACAGGGAUGUGGCUUGGAAAUGCCCAAAGAUGAGUUGCCGAAUCAUAACUGUAUCAAACACUUAAGGUCAGUGGUUCAGCAGCAACAGACCAGAAUAGCUGAGCUGGAAAAGACUUCUGCAGAGCAUAAGCACCAGCUAGCAGAACAGAAGCGUGACAUUCAGUUAUUAAAGGCAUAUAUGCGAGCAAUACGUAGCGUCAACCCCAACCUACAGAAUCUGGAGGAGACAAUUGAAUACAACGAAAUCCUAGAGUGGGUGAAUUCCUUGCAACCUGCUCGGGUGACACGGUGGGGUGGCAUGAUCUCCACGCCAGAUGCAGUACUCCAGGCUGUGAUCAAGCGGUCGUUGGUGGAAAGUGGCUGCCCCACGUCGAUCAUCAAUGAGCUGAUUGAAAAUGCCCACGAACGGAACUGGCCCCAAGGAUUGGCCACCCUAGAAACUCGCCAGAUGAACCGGCGCUAUUAUGAAAACUAUGUGGCCAAACGCAUCCCAGGGAAGCAGGCUGUGGUGGUGAUGGCCUGUGAGAAUCAGCACAUGGGGGAGGAGAUGGUGCUGGAGCCAGGCCUGGUGAUGAUAUUUGCACAUGGAGUGGAGGAAAUCUAAAGACUUCACAGAGAUGAUAAAACAACGUGCUUGAAAGGAAAAAAAAUGUACCAUGUCCAAGCCCACUGAUAGUGCCCCUGCUAUGCUGAACCAAGGCAUUCUUCUGUCUGUUGAUUUAAAGCAUCACUUCCUAAUCAUGCCGGGCAGGUGUCCCAGCAAUGUAUGCAAAAUGCCAUGCUGCAAUCCCUCCACUUUCUGAUAAAUUCCCCUGGUUGAUGUCGGUUUCCAAAUAUUUACAUAAAAGCACAAGAUAGCUACUUUGUGCUCUAGAAAGAGCAGUGGUCUUCGAUCUCUUGAGAUGAUUCCAUUGGCCCAGCGGGCUUAGUGUCCCAAUGCUGGGGUGUGAUAGGCUUGCAGAUCCUGAUUUAAACAUUUUUCACCGUUGAAAAUUUAUUCUGAAGACAACUCUCCCCUCCCUCACCCCCGACGGUAUGGUUUCUGUUGUCAUUUGUUAAGACACACAGUUCUUCCAUAAUUUCCUACAGUACCUUCAAGUGUUGGGAGGAGAGAACAAACAUAAGAACGGAGACUCCAAACUGGGGAUGUGAGAGAUGCCAAAUAAAAUAUGUGUAUUAGUAGUGAUCUUUUUGGCAUUUUUUUAAAAAAUGUCUUGCAGCCAAAAAGCAGACCCAUCGGAAAGACAAUCUGCGUACCUCAUCUGGGACUUGUGGCCUUAGGAUGCGCAAGAGAUGGCCUGCAUUUCUUCAAUGGGCAACGUCAUUCUUUAGCAAUCUGCCAGAGGACAAAACUGGAUUCAUCAUUGCAGAGCCUGGCUGUUCUCUCCCCUCUUUGUGCUGUCAAUACGUUGCUGAUAACAGUUGUUCUGCUGGCUUCAGUCCUUUGUUGUAGGAUGUCGGCCUUUGAGUAGCGCCUUUGCUCAGCCUGGUCCGAAACAGGCUCCUUUGAGUUUGCGUGGGCCGCACGAAGGCAGACUCACCCAUGCUUAAAAAAAAAAAGGAAACAGAAGAACAUUAACCUUGGAUGAAAUUGUCUUGUCAUUGUAUGUUGGUUGUUCCGAUAAAUCUGUGUGUGAUUUUUGUUUUGACAUCUUGAUGAUUGUGUUUGGUAUUUUUGUACUACUUUUUACCUUUGUACGUUGCCCUUAUUUUAUUUUUAAAUACAGUGACCAGGAAUGUCUUCAGGUCCAAAUUUAGUUUUUCCUGUCAAAUUUAAUUUAUUUGCAGUCUGUCUGUGGAUUUUUUUUCCCUACAGCAACUUUUUUUCUUUUCUGUUUCUUAAUUUUCCCCCCCUUGCAUUUGUGCUAGAGGGGCAAGUAACAGAUGCAUCAAUAAAGGAGCACUCAAACUUGCUCUCAUUGUUAUCCUGACAGUACCUUCUGAACAAGUUUGCUUUCAUUUCUUAGACUCCUUCAAUAUCCUCAGCUGUGCAGAAAUGUGGACCCAAGGCUUAGUUCUGUUUUCCAUGUUCUUGAUGCCUGAAUGGCUGUUUAAAUGCUGAAAUAAGACUGUAUGGCAGUUGUCCAUAGUAACUGUCUCCAGUGUAGAGCUUGAACCACUUUGCAAACAACUUCCUUGCAACAUCUAGGACAGGGGUGUCCAACUCUGGCAUGUCAGAUGUUCAUGGAUUAUAAUUCCCAUCAGCCCCUGCUGGAAUGGCCAAUUGGCCAUUCCAGCAGAGGCUGAUGGGAAUUAUAGUUCAUGAACGUCUGACGUGCCAGAGUUGAACACCCCUAGUCUAGGACGAAGAAACCAUCAGUAGGAUUGAAUUAUCAGCAGGAGUUAGCUGUGAGAGAAUGCCACCUACCUCUACUUCCAUGCUCAAACUAUAUGCAAUGGAAUGAAUAAUUUGAAAGAUCUGUUUUUUUCCAGCACAUGUUGCCAAAAGUGGCCCAGUUCUUCAUAGUUACCUUAAUGUGGCAGAAACAUAACAAUAUGAAGGUGGUUCUCACAAGUCUGAGUAUUGAGCCUGAUGUUCUUAUGCUGGGAAGUUGAAAAGGGGGUCACUGCAGGAAGAUGUGGUUUUUCAGCUUGGAUCCUCUUAACACACACUGCCGUUCGCCUCACAGAAGUUCCAUCAUUCCUAUGAAUAAAGUGCAUGAAUAAUGCUGCUUAGCUUUGCUUGUGAUCUUGGACACGCUCCAGGCAGACACCGUUUCCCAUUUCAUUCUAUGAGAAUUGCUCGUGCUGAAGAGAGUCUCUAAAUCUGCAGCCAUUGUUCCGUUUGGUGCCCUUUCCGUUUUGCAGAUCGUUCUGUCAGCUUUUGGUGUUUUCAGCUCUAUGCUGUUCUUCUUUUUUCCUGUCCUUCAGACAUCUCCUGUGCUGACCCCCCCCUGCUUGUGCUUUUCUUCUCCAAGUGGAACUUUUCUUUAGCAACAGAGUCUCUGGUAUUGUUAAACCAAGGUCAUUUUGGCUUCUUCCCCCAAACUGUCCAGGUGGCUUUUAAAAAGUAGCUCACGGAGUUCCAUGUAUUUUUAUGUACCUUGUGUUUAUAAAAUCUGGAAUGUGCAGCAAAAGCCCAGUAAGUUUUAAGGAUGGGGAUGGGUUGUACGUGUAUUAACGUCAGUAACCUCUGAUGUGUUUUGAAGGGGGAUCUAUUGGUUGGAAGGAAUGCUCAGGAAUUUUGAAAAAGCUGCUAAAUCCAACCUAAUAACUGCACCUUGAGCUCAACUAAUUUCACUUUGCUCCUAAUAUACCUUGUUUUUCCCCCAUGGUUGUCACUGCCAUUCUCCCUCGUGGUUUGGAAUAUACCAUAGGAUGUUGUUCAUGUCUCUUGCCCAUAUGCAAGUUGCUGAUUGCCUUUUGUGUCUUGCUGUUCAGUUGGGUUGACUGCACUAAUAAACUUCCUUUUUUUCCUGA